AUGGCCGCCCGUCCGUUCAUAGUUCUCUUUGUAGCCGUAGCGCUUGUUGGGAUUUGCCAGGCAGCGGAGAUCAAGAAAAGGGAUGUGGUUGGAUCAUGGGUGUGGGAUGACCAGAAUCAGCAGUGGAUUCAAAUUGAUGCUCCGACUGGCACCGGUGGGAUGAUGAUCGGAGCGAUGCCGUCGAUGUCUAACAAGGAUAUCAAGUCGAUGAUGUCCGACUUUACUGCUUCCGCUGCCGACAAGAUGAGUCAAUGGCAGGAUUGUUUCAUUAAUUUCUUCGAACAAGCAUACGCCUCGGUGCAAGCCCAGGCCAAAUCCAUGCAACAGAUGCCCCAAAUGUUCAAGCAGGGAGCUCAGGCAGCCACACAUGUCCUGAAAACCUUUGCCAACGGCCUAGCAAAAGCCGCAAAUUCGGCGAUGAGCGGAAACGGGAAAGCCAAAACCGAUGGAGGGGCACCUACUGGAAAAAUGAACAUAACAGGUGACAACGUCGACUACUCUAAUUUUGCCGCGGAUUACCUUCACCAUGCCGAUGCCACGACGAUGAGCAAC